AUGCAAAAUCAACAGAUGUCAGAGGGGCUGCAGCAACUGCUUGGCAACAUCUCCCAGUUUCUGGAGAAAGGCAAACUGAGCAGAGAUGAUAAUUUCAUCAUGGUCUCUCGUGAGGAAUGGGGAGCAAAAGCAAUUGGCUGCCAAUCUAAGCUGAGCAGGCCAGUGAAUGUCCUUGUCAUACACCAUGUCCCUGGACUAGAGUGUCACAACCAGACUGUCUGUGGUCAGAAGCUUCAGGAACUGCAGGCCUAUCACAUCCACAACAGCUGGUGUGAUGUGGCCUACAAUUUCCUGGUUGGUGAUGAUGGCAGAGUAUACGAAGGUGUCGGCUGGAAUGUCCAAGGCUCACACGAUCAAGCCUAUAACAACAUGUCCUUAGGCAUUGCCUUCUUUGGUGCCCAGAAAGGCCACAGUCCCAGCCCUGUUGCUCUGUCAGCUCUGAAGGGCCUGAUUUCCCAUGCUGUGAAGAAGGGCCACUUGUCACCCAGGUACAUCCAGCCACUUCUUGUGAAAAGCGAAAACUGCCUGGUCCCUCCCCAGAAUGGGAGACAGAAGAGAGCUUGCCCCCACAUUGUCCCACGGUCUGCUUGGGGGGCAAGAAACUCCCACUGCUCCAAGAUGACUCUCCCUGCAAAGUAUGCCAUCAUCCUUCAUUCUGCUGGGAGAACCUGCAGCCAGCCGGAUGAGUGCCGCCUGCUGGUCCGAGAUCUCCAGUCCUUCUUCUUGGACAGGCUAAAUGAGUGUGACAUUGGGUAUAACUUCCUCGUGGGCCAGGAUGGUGGUGUUUAUGAAGGAGUGGGCUGGAAUAGCCAAGGCUCCCACACAGAUGGAUACAAUGACAUUGCUUUGAGCAUCACCUUCAUGGGCAUCUUCACGGGUUCCUCACCCAAUGAAGCUGCACUGGAAGCAGCCCAGGACCUGAUCCAGUGUGCUGUGGACAAGGGGUAUCUGACUCCUGACUACCUGCUAAUGGGUCACAGUGAUGUGUCCAAUACUCUGUCCCCUGGACAGGCAUUGUAUAACAUUAUUAAGACGUGGCCUCACUUUAAGCACUGAGGGAGUGCCCAGUCCCAUCUGAGGAUGCUCUGCCUCCUGCUGGGUGUCUGUUCUUAGCUCCUACCCUGGACUGGCAUCUGUUCUCUCAUUUCAAAGUUUUACCUUGUUCAUUUCCCAGAUUGGGAUGACCAUAUCUUCUCCUGGUGGCACCCACCACUGUCCCCCAAGUUAAUUAUGUAUGGUCCUGAAUCUUCCCUCCUGGGCACUUGUCUUCUCAGCCAGGCGAGGUAAUGGGCUGGUUCUUGUCCUACAUCUGUAUCCCUAGUCAUCUGCCCUUCUGCUUGGUGCACAGGCACCUGUGGUUUGUCUGGCAGUUUCCAGUGCUCAUCCACAGCCCAGGUAGGGUGUUCUCUAUUUCUCUGCUCACAUAUCCACCUGUACAUAUGUGAAUUCUCCCCCUAUUUAAGCAUGUAGGUUGCCUGCUUCACCACCAGGCAGCCUAUGUCAGCUCUGUGAUCUGUGUCUAAAUAUUAGUCGCAUCACCCCCUUGUCCUGCUGUCCUGCUGUCCAGCA